AUGGCGGCAGACGUGGUCUGCAGGAUUUUGAACUGUGGGACAUCUGAGUCGGUAACAACAGAUGCCUCCUACGGAGAGGGCACUGGGAAGAUCUGGCUGGAUGGGGUGAAGUGUAAGGGGACAGAGCCUGCUCUCGACCAGUGCCCUGCCAGCCCAUGGGGGGUGAAUAACUGCUCCCACGCAGAGGACGCUGGAGUCUCCUGCACAGGCCCGGUCCCCAUCCGGCUGGUGAACGGGAACAACAUUUGCUCUGGGAGAGUCGAGGUCUAUCAUAACUCUACCUGGGGUACCGUCUGUGGCAGGAGCUGGAAUAGGAGUGAAGCGGACGUGGUCUGCAGGAUUUUGAACUGUGGGACAUCUGAGUCGGUAACAACAGAUGCCUCCUACGGAGAGGGCACUGGGAAGAUCUGGCUGGAUGGGGUGAAGUGUAAGGGGACAGAGCCUGCUCUCGACCAGUGCCCGGCCAGCCCAUGGGGGGUGAAUAACUGCUCCCACGCAGAGGACGCUGGAGUCUCCUGCACAGGCCCGGUCCCCAUCCGGCUGGUGAACGGGAACAACAUCUGCUCUGGGAGAGUCGAGGUCUAUCAUAACUCUACCUGGGGUACCGUCUGUGGCAGGAGCUGGAAUAGGAGUGAAGCGGACGUGGUCUGCAGGAUUUUGAACUGUGGGACAUCUGAGUCGGUAACAACAGAUGCCUCCUACAGAGAGGGCACUGGGAAGAUCUGGCUGGAUGGGGUGAAGUGUAAGGGGACAGAGCCUGCUCUCGACCAGUGCCCAGCCAGCCCAUGGGGGGUGAAUAACUGCUCCCACGCAGAGGACGCUGGAGUCUCCUGCACAGGCCCGGUCCCCGUCCGGCUGGUGAACGGGAACAACAUUUGCUCUGGGAGAGUCGAGGUCUAUCAUAACUCUACCUGGGGCACCGUCUGUGGCAGGAGCUGGAAUAGGAGUGAAGCGGACGUGGUCUGCAGGAUUUUGAACUGUGGGACAUCUGAGUCGGUAACAACAGAUGCCUCCUACGGAGAGGGCACUGGGAAGAUCUGGCUGGAUGGGGUGAAGUGUAACGGGACAGAGCCUGCUCUCGACCAGUGCCCUGCCAGCCCAUGGGGGGUGAAUAACUGCUCCCACGCAGAGGACGCUGGAGUCUCCUGCACAGGCCCGGUCCCCGUCCGGCUGGUGAACGGGAACAGCAUGUGCUCUGGGAGAGUCGAGGUCUAUCAUAACUCUACCUGGGGCACCGUCUGUGGAAGGAGCUGGAAUAGGAGUGAAGCGGACGUGGUCUGCAGGAUGUUGAACUGUGGGACAUCUGAGUCGGUAACAACAGAUGCCUCCUACGGAGAGGGCACUGGGAAGAUCUGGCUGGAUGGGGUGAAGUGUAAGGGGACAGAGCCUGCUCUCAACCAGUGCCCUGCCAGCCCAUGGGGGGUGAAUAACUGCUCCCACACAGAGGACGCUGGAGUCUCCUGCACAGGCCCGGUCCCCAUCCGGCUGGUGAACGGGAACAACAUUUGCUCUGGGAGAGUCGAGGUCUAUCAUAACUCUACCUGGGGCACCGUCUGUGACAGGAGCUGGAAUAGGAGUGAAGCGGACGUGGUCUGCAGGAUUUUGAACUGUGGGACAUCUGAGUCGGUAACAACAGAUGCCUCCUACGGAGAGGGGACUGGGAAGAUCUGGCUGGAUGGGGUGAAGUGUAACGGGACAGAGCCUGCUCUCGACCAGUGCCCUGCCAGCCCAUGGGGGGUGAAUAACUGCUCCCACGCAGAGGACGCUGGAGUCUCCUGCACAGGCCCGGUCCCCGUCCGGCUGGUGAACGGGAACAACAUGUGCUCUGGGAGAGUCGAGGUCUAUCAUAACUCUACCUGGGGCACCGUCUGUGGCAGGAGCUGGAAUAGGAGUGAAGCGGACGUGGUCUGCAGGAUUUUGAACUGUGGGACAUCUGAGUCGGUAACAACAGAUGCCUCCUACGGAGAGGGCACUGGGAAGAUCUGGCUGGAUGGGGUGAAGUGUAAAGGAACAGAGCCUGCUCUCGACCAGUGCCCGGCCAGCCCAUGGGGGGUGAAUAACUGCUCCCACGCACAGGACGCUGGCGUCUCCUGCACAG